AUGGCUUACUGUACUAUUUUGUAUCUCAUCGCUACAGUAAUCCGUGAUUGUUUGUUUCCAAAGGAAAAGGUGGAAGAUGAGUUGAAAAAGUGCUUGAUGGUUAUGUUUGGAAUGAAUUUGGUUGUGAAGAUCAGUAUUAUGAUAAUUGGAUGGUAUCUAGUGGAUGAUGUAAAAACAAUGUACUUCUUCCUCUCCUUGGAAGUCCUCUCUCCUCUCUCAUUCUCUCCUUCGUUUUCAUCCCAGUCAACCCAGUAUUUCAUAUGGAGUACAACGGAUGUCUAG